GCUCUCCUGUUGUGCUGUGCCAAUUUUCUUUUUACCUGAAUGUUUAUGUUUACCAUGUGUUAUCCAUUUUAAAAUUAUUGCUGUAUAUAUUAAUAAAAUAUGAGCGGGAAUGAAGAUAGUGAUGAAAAUUUGACUCCAGAUGAAACAGGGGACCAUGAAAGAACAUCUAUCAGAGCCGAAUUAUCUACACUUACGUUUGAAGAACUGCAGAAGUUGAAAGAGAAAAUCGGCGCUAAAGUUUAUAAGGAAGCUCUGUUUGGAAAAAAUGACGAAAGUAAUCAUAAGGAACUUAAACAUUUCAAGAGAGAGAAUAAAAAUAGACCAAGGGAGAUGAGUUCGAAGAAACCCGUCCCUAUGUUUCUGGAUGCACCUAAAAUUAAGAAGAGAGAAAUGCGUGACCCUCGAUUUGAUCCACUCUGUGGUGAGUUUGAUAAAAAAGAAUUCAAACAAAACUACAAUUUCAUAUCUGACAUUCGAAUUAAAGAUAUAAAGAAAAUUAGAGAGGAACUUAAACAAACUACAGAUCCAAACCAGGAGCAAAAAUUACGCAGAUUACUGCAGAGGCUUAAUGAUCAGCAUAAAGAUAGUAAGAAAAACAAGAAGGAAGAUAAUAUUACAGCCAAAAAGGAUAAAGUUCAGAUUGGACAUGAGUUAAGGAACGGCCGACAACCUGUCUAUAAGAAUAAGUCUGAAAAGCGAGUAGAAGCAUUGGUACAACAAUAUGAAGAGCUAAAGAAAGAAGGCAGUGGAAGGAUCCAGAGGCAUCUCAAACGCAGACAACAAAAGCUGAAAAAACGCUCACAUAAAGUGCCAACUGGUGUUAGUGUACAAUAAACUAUUACAUUUUUAUCACCAAA